AUGAUUAAAUUGAAGCAAACAUCAGAGAAUAUGAAAGAUAUUGAAAAAUCAGAGAAUGGCUUGCAAUAUUAGAAAUUUAAUUUAUUAGAUAAAAAAAUGUAUGAGAAACAUAAUGAAUAUUAAGACAGAAAUUGGAAGUUAAUAAAAGAGGCAGAAGAGUAAAUAUUGAAUUGCAAAUUAUAAUACCUGAAAGAAAAUGAGAAGAGAAAAUCAAAUAAUAUAGAAAUUUUAACUCAUCUUAAACAAAAUCUAAUAUAAAUACAACAAUCUAUGGUAUAAAAAAUUGAAGAAAUAAUUACUUUUAUAAACAAUCAAUUAACCCGUAUUUCUAACAUUAAAAUUGAAAAAGAUGAUUUAUGUAAAGAUGGAUCUGAUCAGAAUUUAGAUUAUAUUGAAAGAAGCUAUACCCAAUUAAGAUAUAUGUCAUUCAAUUUUAGUGAAAUCGAAACUCACAUUUAGUAACAAUUAAAGGCUUUAGAUCUAUCGGAAUUUUUGAAAUACCAUAAGGAAAUGUUAGCAUGUAUUAAAUGUGAGAAUCAAGCUGAUUUUUCGGAAUUUUUACCCUUUGGAAUUGAAUAGGUCCAUAAAAAUAAUAAUUGGUUUUGUGAUUAGCACAAAAAAUAAUUAAUGUUUGUAGACUUAAAGUAAGUAAGUGUUGUUCCAAAUAGAAUAGCUUGCUUUAAUUGUGUUCCUAAAUACAUUGUAUAGUUCACUGAUUUUGAUUAACUUAAGAUAUUGUGGAACCAAUUGGUUUCAUAUGUUUCUAAUUUUUCAAAUCUGUAGGAUAGAAAUUUUAGUAAUAGUGUCUAGUCGGCUCUUUAGUUGAUUAUAUAGUUGAAAGAUUCUAUUAAUAAUAUGAUUGAUGAAUCAAUAAUUUCAUUGAAAAGUCUUUCCCUAAAUCGAAGCAAAAUGCUAGAACAACUACUAUAAUUGAUUAAAAAGGAAUGGCUGUCCUACUCAAAGGAUGAAAUCAUCUAAAUUGCGAAUAUCCUCAGCCAAUAAAAUAAAGGGAAAGAAUUCAAAGAAUAAAUAUAAUCAGAAUUUAAAGCAAAAUUGUAAUCUGUUCAAGAUCUACUAAAUGAAUUAUUUAUGAAUCUAUAAUAGAAAUUUUCUGAUUUUAAAAUAACUUAAUGUUCCCUUCCAGUUCAAGAAAAAAAUGGUAAAUAUUUAAAAAUAUUUUUUAAAAAAGAAGUUCCCUCCUCAACUUAAGUUUAGGAUAAAAAAAAAAUAGGCAGUGCUUUAAAUGAACCAUUUAAAUAUGACCUCUUAAAGAAUUACUCAAUUAAAGAUGAUAAAAUAUUUGCAAUCACAAUUAGUCAAGAUUCCACUUUUGUAAUGGCAGGUUAUUCGCAUGGGACAAUAAAAGUUUUUCAAUUCAAAAAUGGAUAAAUGAAGCAAACUUAGAUUUUAAAGAAUCAUUAAGGCAUUAUUAGUUGUCUACAUAUCUUAGAUAAUUGCCAAUAGUUUGUCUCAGGAGGAACAGAUUCAACUAUAAUAAUAUGGUAAAUUAAUGAAAAAAAAGAAUGGAUAUGUUUAUAAAUCUUAUAAAGGCAUACAGAUUGUAUAAGAUGCAUAAUUUCAAACAGUAAUGAAGAUUUGAUAAUUUCAUGUGGGGAUGAUUCAACCAUCUAAUUCUGGAAUAAAGAUCUUUAAUGGAAUUGGCAAUAAAGGUUGCUUGGGCAUAAAAACAAAGUAGAAAGCAUAUCUUUGAAUGAAGAGAGUACAAAAUUGAUAUCAUGCGCAUAUAUGGAAUUUACGAUCCUAGUGAGUGAAAAAAAUUCAUAUGAUUAAGAAUGGGUGAUAAUUUAGGCAAUUAAAGUUGAUAAUUGGGGGUAAAGUUUAUGUUUUAUGAAUGAAUUUUUGUUCUCAUUCUAACCGUCAAGAUCUGAAUCUUUAUUCAUUUAUUAACUAGAUAAAAAAACCAAUCAAUUUUAAAAGUUAAAAGAAGUCAGAAUUAAUUCAGUAUAUUAAUCAGAUUCUGUGUUCCCCUUAUAGUUCAUCAAGAAAACUUAGAUAAUACUGACUAAAACGGGCUAUUUUAUAAAUUUUAUUAAAUUUAAAUAAAAUGGUGAAUUCAUAAAUGGACAAUCUAUUAAAUAUCAAACUCAGUAUAUUCAAGGAGCUUUGACUAGUGAUGGGUAGUAUUUGGUUACUUGGGAUGAAGGGACAAAAGAAUUACAAGUUAGAUAUAACAAAAUUUGA